CGAGAAUAGGAUGGGUGUCUAGGAUGUCAGCAUCGUUGCAAACCCCAUCGUCGGAAUACCUAGUACGAGAUCGAUCACAUGUACUCCGGCUCCUAGAAUACGAUGUCCCGAGGCACGAAGAACACGAACACUUUUCGACGGUGUUGCACGCCAGGAUCCGUUGAACACCAGGAGCACCGCUCAUUCAAGCCCUCGAUGCUCCCUAGAUAGACGGUGCAGCUGUCGUACCACUCUGGAGUAAGGGGAGUUUGAUCAAUAGGCCGCUUUUGCAAGAGCUGGACAUGGCUUUGCCGCGCAGAGAGAUCUCGAUCCGAAUCUUGGCUCUUAUUUUCUGCAUGCAGGCCGCCAUUUCAAUCCACGCAGCCCCGGACUCUACCCUAGUUCUCUUCCGUGUAACACGCGACGCAGAUGCGGGCAAAACAGGCAUACGUCACCCACGUCGCCAAUCGCCCCUUCAGAAUUAUCUAUAAGGGCUGGCUUAUUACCUUCUUUCCCGCCCAUCGUACGACUGUUGCCGUCGCCAAGACGUAGCGAUUGGCUCAUGCUACGAAGUGUUUCAGCGCCUCUCUCCUGUUGGGAGCUAUGAUGUUUCCACGCAGUCAGCGCCUCCCCCUUUGAGGGAGGAUCGCUCUAGCGAACCCUGGAAAGCUUCACUUUUCGAAUCCUCAUCCAACGGUGUUCGAGAAUGUGGAUUUGACAGGGC